CCCACUCUGUCACGCAGUAAUUCUGAAGUUGGACACAGAGAGAGACGGACACUCCAACUGAGGUCCAGAGGCUUCAUUCAUUUACUUUCAUAGCAGGAUACCUAAUUGAAAAAAUUGCUGGAAAAUUUCAAGUUAAUUCUUCUUAUUUUUUUACCUUGCAUAUUUUGGCUGUCUGUCCUUUAAGGGUGAAGUACAAGCCUUGUGGUUUUAAGUGCCCUUGUUGGACUCAACUUUGGGAUAAAUUAAUUUUUUAUUUACACCAAAUAAAUUUAGACUGGAAGAUUUGAGACAUGGUUGUCCAGAACACACCUCAGUAUGCCCAGUGAUGGCGUCCAGGGCCGGCAGACAGGGAGCGGCGAGGCCCAAAAGAGGAUCAUCUGACGGACACCAGAAGCAGCGGGCCGAGGCUGAGGGCCGUGAUGGUGCCUACCACAUGUCGGGCAGGCAGGAGGGCAUUGAGGGAUUCUCAGCUGGGAAGAGGCAGGUGAUGGAGAAGUUCUUUACACCCGUUCAGGUUGCGUCGCAGGAUGAACUCAAACUGCGGAAACAUCGCCAUCAACCCCCACAACACCAGCACCAGGACAGAGAGAUGCACAGUUAUUCUAUGUUAGAUGAGGAUGACAGAAGUACAGUUGACAGCCAUGGUCACCGUCACCAACAUCAUCAUAAUCCCCAUCUUCAUGACAACCACAUGCACCAUCCCCAUCCAAACCAGUACCAUCCCCAUCAUCAUCACCACUCUCCUGAGCAUCUCCAUCGGGGGGAAGGCGACAUGAACGACCACCACACGUCCGUCACCCUCUCAAGAGCCUCUUCCUCUUCCCUCUCCUCCACUUCCUCCUCUUCUUCUUGCUGGUCCACGGAAGCCAGCACCAAUGACCCCUUCUCCCUAAAGCUUGCCAGCCGGCCCCAACAUUCCCUGUCCUGCUCCAACAUUAUGGAAGCCAGGGGCAAGUUCUCAGAGGACGACAUCAGCGAGCCUAUUGUCUACGCCACCAUCAAGCAUGGCCGUCCGAAGAGGAGCAGCCUUGGGGGUCACGGGGAGGCUCACUCCAGGCCUCAAGGCCAUUUAGACCGGGCCCUCAGCCGUAGUGAGGAGGGGCUGCUCCUGAAGAACCAGAGCAGCAAGCGAGGGAGGGGGUCGCAAAGGCCCCUCCACUUGGAACACGGUACCCUUUACAAGACGGCUAGCCUUGGACGGAGCCUGGCUUUCAGCGAGGAUGAGGGGCCCAAGAGGGCAGUGUCCUCCAUGCAGCUUCCCACCAAGGGCAUCCUGAAAAAUAGGGCGGCCCGACCAGACAUCCGUAAGGCCAAGUCCAUGGAGGUGCUCUCCCCGCGAGUACAGGGAGGAGGCACAGAGGGAGGUGGGGGGAAGGGGCCCCACCAGGUUGAGACAGCCAGGAAGAACUUUGUGCAGGGGAAGAUGCAGUUCUCUGCCUUCCUGGAUGAGAUCACACGGCAGGUCAUCAGCCCAUCACGCCUCAACACCCUGGGGGUAAACACCCUGAAGACCCCUGGGCAGGCUCAAGCCCCAGCUCCAGCCCAAGCUGCCACCAAGACCCAGCCUCAGCUUCCCCCGAAAACAAAUCGAAGAGUGUCUUUGGAGGAGAAGCCUGUUUCAGCCAAACAUCAACCCGCAUCGGUAAAACCAAGCAACGACAUGCGCUUACGAAAAGACUCUGUGACCGAAACACGUUUUCCCGUUGGCAAGAACCAUGCUCAACCGGCCAGCCCUCCACCUCAACCUCACCACACAGCCGGCCGCAAACAGCGUCACUUUGUGCCGGAGAGUGCUCUGGGAGAGGGACAGGGGCAAUACGGCCCCCUCCUCACAGACUGUACCAGCACCAGCACUGAGUCAACCCAGAACCGGCCCAAACAGAGACACCACAAACAGCGCAGCCAACGGCCCUGCCACAGCCCACCCGCCCUGACCAGCCAAUCAGGGCGACCCCCCUCACCCUCGGGGCCAGGUCAAGAGUACGAGUCUCCCUCCAGCAAAUCAGACUCUUCCAGGAACCGAGACACGGCAUCCACAGUUAGUGCCAGCUCAGAGAAAAGUGACCGCCAAUACCGAGGCACCCACAGAGGUGGCCCUAAGCAGCACAAGGCCUCCGUGGACGAUAUUGACCAAGUCCAGGCUCUACAAGAAGAAAACAUGGACCUGCAUCAGAACCUGCUGCAGACCGUGGUUUGCAUCGAGAGUCUGGAGGGAGAGCUACAGAAGACCAGGGAGGAGCUUAGCCAUGUCAAAGAGAAAUACAAGAGGCUCCAGGACUCACUCACAGGCACACAGCACACCAACAAUUUCCUGGGAGAGAAACUGAACACUGCGAAUGAGAGUCUUAGCAGUGAGCGGAAGUACAUGAUUCAGCGAAUCAGCCAGCUGAGUGAAGAACUGGAGAACGCCCACAAGACCAUCACCUCCUUGGAGAACAUCAAUGUUCCCAGUCUGAUCAAGGAGCUGAUCGAGAAGCACCUUAAAGCUCCAGAGGCCGUACAGAAGUUCCUGCAGGCUGCCACACCAACUAACCAGUCCACUCCCGCUCACAAACCAGACGUCCAGUCAGCACCUCUGAAUGUGGAGGGGAUGUCACACGAUUGGUCAGGAGGAGGGCAGAGACAGUCAGAGGUGGUGCAGCAGAGGGUCACUGCCUUCCUGCCUUGGAAACAAGAAGGUAGUGGAGGCGAGGAGGGAGGCAUUAGGGUUAACUCCGCCCCUAACUCUCACGAGUUGCCCUUUUCAGUGGCUGACAUCAGCCUAGCCAUCUAUAGAAAGGUGGCCGCCAACCAUGCAGAGCUCAGGCCUGUCUUACCCCAGACCUGUCACCCCUCCGUGGUCAUGGACGACCACGGUGACUGCCCUCCCAACCCUUACCCUUUGGCGGGUGUCAAGGGGAGGGAGGUAUUCGGGGGGAAGGUCCGAGCAGCUGAGGUGGAGCAGGUUAACUUGGACAUGUCCUACCUGUCAGCUCAGAGGAUCCUCGAUGAUUUCAUGUACCAGCUGACGAUCCCGGAGGAGGAGGAUGGCAAGAGGCAGGACUGUGAUGGUGGGGACUGUAAUCUGUAAACCCAGUGUGAUUCAAUAACCCUGUUAUAUAUUCCAAAACACUUUCAAAUACUUUUGAUGUGCUUAAAGGAGCUUGUCUCUAGUAGAGCAAGCCCAAAGUGCAAGGCCAAAACCCACACUUCAGGUUGUCUGACGCUAAGCGUGAACAGGGAAACCUCAGGACCCUUGUCCCAUUUCAGUUCCCAUUGUUGGACAAAUGUAAGAUAAUUAUGUUAUGAUGAUAGUUUAUAUAAAGAUUUGCACCAAAGAGAUUUAAUAAUUUGAAUUAUAUUACUCUAACCCAGAUGUUCAUGACAGUAUAUAUCUAGUUUUGAACUUUUAGAACGUUUAGAAAGGCUAACAGGGCCAUGUAGCAUCAAUGAGAGUGACAUCAUUGUAGCUAUUUAUUCUACCAUCUCCCCUAUCGAUAUCUGUUUUUGUGUUCUGUGAUUAAAUUGUGUAUUGACUUGCCAUUGUACAUUAGUAUCUUAAGUAUGCUUAUGUAUGUAUUGUUUAUCCUUUAGUCAAACAAAUUGUUUUUGGCAUUUUAUGCAUUAUUUAUUUUGAUAGUGACAGUUGUGAGACAAGAAAGGCAGGGAGCGAGAGGGGAUGACGUGCAGGAAAUGGGCCUGACUGGAAUUGAAUGGAAACUGGGCCUGUGCUGUUGUGCGGUAAGAUCUCAGCAUGUCAUACCCUCUUUACAUGGUGAGCCUCUUUUUCUCCCAAAAUCGAGCUAAAUUUAUACAAAAAUGGGACAGAAAAAUGUUGUUGCUUGUACAUGUGUAAAUGGAUAUAUCUCAACACCAUCCAUCCAGCAACUACUCCAAAUGAAGUGUUUUAUUCCAAAACAACUUUUUAUUCAAUGAGAUUCUUUUCUCUCUACUAAAAUGUAUUCCUAAAUAUCUUCAUGAUAAAUACUGUUUCAUCUUCAGGGAGAAUGUAAUUACCUUGGCUGUUGAUCUAUUGUAGCACAUAAAAAGAAAUACCGAUUCCUUCCCCCCAAAAUUAUGACUGCUAUUCUUUUUUAGUUUAUGCAAGUCAUUUUUUAUAAUGUGGAAAUAGCAUUUUGGAAUUAAACAAUUUGUAUGAGCUGUAUGUGCGGUGAUAUUAAUAAAUGAUGCCAAUCCACACACUUUGUAGGUGCAUCUGUAUAACAGCAACAACAGUACCCCCAAACACUGUUCAUGUAGUAGAUCUGUAAAGGACCCAAUAAAGGA